GAGAAGGCGGGUUUUAUGGUUUCCAGUGGUCUAAGUUACCAACGCCUGCACCAUCCAAAAAUUAAGUUUCAUUUACGCAAACAUAAACGUGCAUAUUGACACCAUGGACCAUGGAAUGUUCCGUGGUAAUUGUCUGGACAUUUGGACUGAGGAGAACAACGAUAUCAUCAAGAGGUGGAAGUAUUCUGAAAGAAGCCAGGAACAUGAACGACAGCACGACACACGGAAACGGUACUACUCAGAAAUCCAUCGGCUGCUGCAGAAAAUACAGGGUGUCCCCUCUGUUCCUGCCGGCAUCCAGCUUGAGUUGACUGUCCUGUACAACACGUUGGUGUUCACGCUAAGUCUUUCACAGUUCACAGAAACGGGAGAGCUUCUUACCAAAGGCAUUGUUAGAGCACUAGAGGCCGUAGGCUGCCAGGCCCCCGGCUUUGACCCUCUAGUCCUGUGGGAUACUGCACUGCAGACCUUCAGUAGCAGGGACCACCUCUUCUGUCUCCGUCAGCUGCUCUGUGUCCAAUGGGCUUUGUGGCUCUCUACUGGCCAGCUGGAGAGCAUCCAGGAGCUCUCGUCUGAGUCUCAGGAACAGGUGACCUCACCAUCAACAGAUCUACUUGCAGUAAUAAGAGACCUCAGGUUUUCCACUGAAGGGAACCCCACCCUGUCAGUCGCCAUGGCAGCCACAGAGUUGAAGGAACUUCUACACAUCUGCACUAUCAUUAGGAAAGGUAUUGUAAAGAUGGAGGAGGGGAAGGACUCAGAGGCCCUUCUGGCUUUUCAGGCGUCUGUCUCCCUGCCUGCUCCCAGGACUCUCCUGGCACAGAUCCACGCCCUGACUGGCAUCUGUUUAGCCAAGCUGAGUCGCCCUCAGAGUGCUCUGCAGUGCCUCAGGAAGGCCCUGGAGGUGGAUUUUGGCUGUCUGAGUGCAUUGUAUCAGAGCUCGUUGCUCUACAGGCAGCUGGGGAAUGCCCGGGCCGAAAUCGAAGCCCUCUGUCUCCUUCACGCCGCUAUGGUGUCACCUGCUUGUAGAGGGUCCUCCAGCUCCCACACCACAUUGAUCUCACCCGAAUCCCUGCUUGGCAGCAACUCCCUCAACUGCAUCCUCAUGAUGCCCUCCCCACAAGCCGUCCUGCACUCCCUGGCACACAGGUGCCUGCAGAAUGAAAGAGUACCAGAAGCAGUAGAGCACUACCUCGACCUGCUGGCCUCCUUUCAGGUGGAUUUAAAGCAGCAGGUAAAUAUGGAUUGCAGUCCCGCCCUCCCCAGAAUUCCUGAAAUCUACCUUGAGGCAACGUUCGCAAUGUUGAAGGCCAAGAGAUACUGGGACUCUGUUGCAAUCAGUGAAGAAGUUUUGAAUAAGACUUUGGACCUCAUUCCAGAAAGGCUAGUGCUGCAGUUACCCCUUGAAGAACAUCAGGGAGGUGGAUCUACAGAGCUGUCAGCUUCUUUCUCUGGCAAGAAGAAUGAAACCACGGAGGAGAGACUGAACUGUGUGUUAUGGGCAGGGGCGGCUUACUUCUUUCAGGGCCAGGCAUAUAGCUGCCUGAAGAAGACUACAGAGGCUGUAAACAAUUUCACCAGAUCAAUAAAUCUUCUGGUAAAGGUGCAGAUUAAAUAUAAAGACUGGCAAUGCAAAGAUGCAGGAGAUGGGGAGGCUCCUGAAAUUAAGGUGCGGACGCUGCAGAGGCUAAAGGGCUUGGCUCUGGCUGGCAGAGGGGUCUGUUUCAUGGCCAGAGGACAGGAAAAGGAAGCUCUGCGUGACUUUCAGCUCAGUCUACAGGCUUCUCCAGGGAUGGAGGACAUAGAGCUGUGGUUGCUGGAGGCACUGUGGAAUUUGGGUCGCAAGGAGGAAGCGGUAGCACACUGGAGAAGGACUCAAAACUCCAUGAAGAAGCCCACAGUGGCGGAUAGUACACCAGGAGGCCUUCCAAUAUAUGUGCAACCAAAUCUUCAAGAUGGGAUACUUUUUGACUCUGAGGUCCUGAAGAAGAAAGUGGAAGAACUUAUUCACAGCAAAGGAGUUUUGACAUGA